CACCCUACAAGUCACCCGGAUACGACGCUGUCUCCCUACGCUCUUCUCUUCAUACGACGUCAUUUCCCGACAUAAAGUAUCAUGUCACAAAAUUGUAAAAAUAAAAACAGGCACUGAAUUCUCCCUCAUCUUCACUAGGAUCGGCCUAUUAGGUUCUUCAAUUUGUGGUUACAUAGUAUUUAUUUAGCAGGGAAAUUGAAUUAUUUUUGUUUGGGAAAUUUUUGAUCGAUGGGCGAUUGCAUGAGUGGAGACGAGGAUUUCUAUGACUCAGAUCACUCUGAGUCGGAUCUUGAUUCGCACGAUAUUAUCGAGAAUGAUGAGGCGCUGCAGUGGGCCCCACCCAAGGAUUCCUCCACAAAGGUUAUAACGAAAGAAUCGCUUCUGGCUGCCCAGAGGGAAGAUUUGCAGAGAGUAAUGAACUUGUUUUCUCUGAGGGAACAUCAUGCACGUACUUUACUUAUUCAUCAUCGUUGGGAUGUUGAGAAGUUGUUAGAGGUUCUCGCGGAUAAAGAGAAAGCAAGCUUGUUUUCUGAUGCUGGUGUCACUGUGAAUGAAGAUAUUGGUUCAUCACUGUAUUCUUCUUCUGAAGUAAUGUGUGAUAUAUGCAUGGAGGAAGUUUCUGCUGAAGCUGCAACCAAAAUGGACUGUGGCCAUUGCUUUUGCAAUGAAUGUUGGACAGGACAUUUUAUUGUCAAAAUAAACGAGGGGCAGAGUAGGCGCAUUAGAUGCAUGGCGCACAAAUGCGAUGUUAUUUGUGAUGAAACAGUUGUCAGAAAUCUGGUCAGUAAAAAGCAUCCUGAUUUGGCGGAGAAAUUUGAUCGUUUUCUUCUUGAGUCAUAUAUUGAGGAUAAUAAAAUGGUUAAGUGGUGCCCAAGCACUCCUCAUUGUGGGAAUGCGAUACGUGUUGAGGAAGAUAAAUUUUGUGAGGUAGAAUGUGCUUGUGGCUUACAAUUUUGUUUUAGUUGUUUAUCGGAAGUACACUCGCCUUGUUCAUGUUUGAUGUGGGAACUUUGGGCCAAGAAGUGCCGAGAUGAAUCUGAAACAGUUAAUUGGAUCACUGUUCAUACAAAGCCUUGUCCAAAGUGCCACAAACCUGUGGAGAAGAAUGGUGGCUGUAACCUCGUGAGCUGUAUUUGUGGACAGGCAUUUUGUUGGUUAUGUGGUGGAGCUACCGGCCGGGACCAUACUUGGUCAAGAAUUGCAGGGCACAGUUGUGGUCACUACAAAGAAGACAAAGCGAACAAAACUGAACGGGCUAAGCGGGAUCUAUAUCGGUAUAUGCACUAUCAUAAUCGUUAUAAAGCUCAUACAGAUUCCUUUAAACUAGAAAGUAAACUUAAGGAGACAAUUCUAGAGAAGGUGUCAAUAUUAGAAGAGAGGGAAUCAAGGCAUAGAGAUUUUAGCUGGGUAACUAAUGGGUUGUACAGACUUUUUAGAUCAAGGCGUGUACUUUCUUAUUCAUACCCAUUUGCAUUUUAUAUGUUUGGGGAUGAGCUCUUCAGGGAUGAGAUGAACUUGCAAGAAAGGGAAAUAAAACAGCAUCUAUUUGAGGACCAGCAACAGCAGCUUGAGGCAAAUGUUGAGAAACUCUCCAAGAACUUAGAGGAGCCAUUUGACGAAUAUCCCGAUGACAAAGUCAUGGAGAUAAGGAUGCAAGUCAUCAAUUUGUCUGUGAUCACUGAUAACCUCUGUAAGAAAAUGUAUGAGUGCAUUGAGAAUGAUUUAUUGGGUUGUCUUCAACUUGGUACUCACAUUAUAGCUCCUUACAAGUCAAAGGGCAUUGAGAGGGCAUCAGAACUUUCUACUUGCUGGACAGCCAAAUCAAAUACUACUGGUAAUUGUCUACCAUUGGACUGUGGCACAAGUGGAGGAGGGUCAUCAGAACAUGAUCGGCCUUCAGGCUCUGGGAGUUUAGAUGAUAGUGGAUGCUCUUCUCGGAAGCGUCCUAGAAAUGAGGGUUUUGGUGGUGGCUUUCUUGACUUGAACUUGCCGGCUGAAGUUAUUGACAGGAACUGAUCAGCAUAUUGCAGGUUUUCAUAAAAGAAAAAACAUAGGUGUACAGCUCUAACUCAGGAUCCUCUUCAUAUUUUGUGGGAUUAAUUGUAAGUGGGUUAAGCACCUAAGUGCCUGACUUGGUAUCUUCUUGUCCUGAAUUUAUCUUUAUGUCCCUUCAUCCCAUUCAGAUUGCCGGAAGAGAAACAUGGAAUUGCUUGGUUCUCUAUCAUUCCAAGCUCCUAAAUUUAUAUAAUGUACAUAGCCUCUUAUUUGAGGUUUUGUGGGCAAUAAGAUAUGUAAAUUUCGAACCUGUGAUUUGAGUAUUACUCUCAUAUAUUUUGAGCUAAUAUCAUAUUCUAUGGAAAUUGCAAGUGUUACCAA